CGUCAUUCAGGAUCGCAACCUCUCACUCAUUCAACCUCAAAAAUGAAGUCUUCCGCAUACCUCACAACCUCUUCAGUCCUACUGAGCUGCUUUGCGCCCAGCGCACUUGGUCAUGGCGAUCAUGGCCAUGCGCAAGCACCAAUGGGUGAAGUUGAGGGCGACUGGGCGACUAGGCACAUGGCAGAGGAGCAUCACAUCAACAACUUCGACCCAACAACCUUCUUCAAACUCCACGACUUCGACAGCACGGGCCGCUGGGGCCCAGACGAUAUCCGGCGCAUCUACGGCCUGUACGACGAAACGACGGAUAGCGUGCCCGAGAGCAAGAAGAGCGAUAUCGUGACGACUAUUAUGCAAAUGUUCGAUCACGAUCUGUCAGGCUUCAUCACGUUGGACGAGUGGCUCGAGGCGACGAACGAGCUGGGCAAAGUGCUGCCCGACUUCGGCACGGGGCCAGGGCAUCACGGCGACGACGAGUAUGAGUAUGAGAUUCACCACUUUGAGAAGUUUCAUGGCGGGGACAAUGUGAAGGAGGAGGACUUGACGCAUCCGGAGGAUAUCGAGCAUUUCAGGAAGCACGAGGAGAGGGAGGCAAUGGAGGAAGCGUGGCAGAAGAGAGAGAGGGAGGGCAUUGUGGUGGAGAACAUCCCCACGAAGUUCAGGCGGUUUUGAGGGAUAAGAGCGCUGCAUCUUUGAGCGAUGUUGAAGCAUAGUACGGCGUGGAUGCACAGGGGGCGUUUUUUGGAUAGGAGAGGUGUGCUAUAUGUCGCAUAGAAGUGGAGUUUGAGGCAUAUGAGCGUGGUAUGGGCAGAUGAUUGAAGAUGUGUACCAUAUAUGGCGAGACUCAGGGGUCGGCAGCAUGGCAGAAGAGGCGUAGCAGAUGUCUGUAUAGACUACUUUGGGCCGUGUUCGGUGUUCGGAAAGGUAGUGUUGAUUCAAUCUCAUCAAAACAAUGACCUCCACGAAACGCAGAUACAUCACAAGAUAAUGCAACACAUCGGCG